AUGAAGCGAUUAUGGGCGAAGAGGACUCCGUCCGACAGAGAGACAUCGCCUCUCCUCGAGUCCGAGCAUAACGCCGGCGGAACGAUAUCGCGCCCGAGCGAAACCGAUACAGCGACCCAAGUCCACACAUCAUCCGGUGUUGCACGCUCCGAUACCGUCGCAACGCACAUCAGCCAGACGGAGCGUAUCUGGCUCUUUGUCGGGGUCUUCCUGGUCGGAUACGCCUAUGGCCUUGACAGCCAGGUGCGGGGCACCUAUCAGCCAUACGCCACAUCAAGUCUAAAGCUGCACUCGUCUCAUUCGACCAUCAAUGUCCUUCGCAGCGUCGUCGCUGUCGCAUCGCAGCCGACCGCGGCCAAGAUCGCCGACAUCUACGGCCGGUUCGAGAUGACAAUCGCUGCAAUCUUGCUGUAUAUCGUCGGCACGGCGCUGGAAGCUAGUGCGACGACGGUGGAAAUCUUCUGCGUCGGAGCCAUUCUGUACCAGAUUGGAUACACAUGUCUCGUUUUGCUGCUGGAGGUCCUUGUCGCCGAUUUCUCGUCGAUGAGGUCGCGCGUAUUCUUCAGCUACAUUCCCGCCAUCCCGUUCGUCUUUAACACAUGGAUCAGCGGAAAUGUCACGGCGGCUGUCCUGCGCGUCACCACUUGGCGUUGGGGUAUCGGCAUGUGGGCCAUCAUUCUUCCCAUCUCAUCCAUCCCGCUUCUAACGAGCCUCUACUCGCUCCGUCAACAGUCGCGGAGGUCACGACAUGCCCGUUCUUCCAAGAAGGGCGCCGUUAAUCUGUUCCAUCAACUAGACACCAUCGGUCUUACGAUCCUCAUCGCCGCAUUUUCCUUCACCUUGGCACCUCUGACACUUGCCGGAGGUACUGUCAGCCACUGGAAGUCUCCGGCAAUUAUUAUCCCUCUGGUCCUCGGACUCCUUUGCUUUCCAGCAUUUGUCAUCUGGGAGCGCCAAGCCCAGAUUCCUUUGAUACCCUUCCGCCUAUUGCAAGAUCGCGGAGUAUGGUCAGCCUUGGCGGUCCGAAGUCUGCUGAACUUCGCCUGGUCAACCCAAGGCAACUACCUAUACACUGUACUAAUCGUAGCUUUUGACUUCUCGGUCGAGACGGCCACUCGAAUCCUGUCCUUCUUCUCGUUUUUCGGUGUCUUUAGUGGUGUUCUGAUCAGUUUUGUGAUUUACAGAACCCGAAGGCUCAAGGGCAUCAUCGUGACGGGCGCAUGCAUUUUCAUGGCGUCGUUCUUUAUCCUCAUUGCAUAUUCGGGCGGCGCUUCUUCUUCUUCCAAGACAGGACUCAUUAUCGGCCAGAUCGUUAUGGGCUUGGCAGGUGGAUUGUUCGCUUACCCAACGCAAGCAUCCAUCCAAGCCUCGGCAGACCAUGAGCACGUUGCAGUCAUCACUAGCCUCUACCUUUCACUCUUCAACGUGGGCAGUGCUUUGGGUAACUGUCUUUCGGGAGCCCUGUGGACUCAGCUGCUAUACCCAUCUUUGAAGGAGAACCUGGCUUUUCAACCUAAUGCCACCCUGGCGGAGGCAAUCUAUAACUCGCCAUUCUCCAUCAUUCCGAAUUACCCCGUUGGUGGUAGGAUAAGAGAGGCUAUUAUCGACAGCUAUAGUGGUGUUCAGCGGUUGCUUUGCAUUGCUGCUCUUUUGAUUUGUGUGCCGAUGGUGGCAUUCACAUUUAUUCUGAGGAACCCGAAGCUGUCAGAGGAGCGUGUCCAGUCGAGCGUAGACGAUGAAUCGGAUUGA